AUGAGUAUCCUUAUUAAUAACGGUAACCAUUACUCGUUAAACUCAUCAGAAACUUGCAAUUCCCUAAAAUCUUCUAAAUCUUCAUCUUCAUCCUUGUCAUCGUUAUCUUCAUCUUCAUCUUCAUCUUCAUGCCAUAAACGAUCAAAAGCAGUUGAUCUUAAUCGGAAUAAUAGUAAUAGUCAAAACUCAUCAAUAUCAACUGCACCAACCACGGCCACAGCAGGCACCACAACACCGAGAAAACCUUCAAUCAUCAUACCUUCCAAACUUGCAAAUCUGUCGAUCCCAUUGGUAAAUGGUAACAUCAAUUAUGCUCAUUACUAUGAUACAAAACAACAAAAUGGUAAUCACAACCAACAACUCAAAGAAGGGGAGCCACCAUUAUCUGCUCCUACUGCAAAUAAUGCUACAAAAACAACUACAGCGACAAAUAACAACAGUAUACAAGAAUCUUUUGAAACCAUACCAUGUUUCAAUUCAACAACCAACACCACAAUUACCACUUCUCGUUCCAAUCCAACUAAUUCAAGCCCAAUUAGCAAUGAUAAUACUUUUCCUAAACAAAUGAUACACUGGAAUCAAUUUUUACAAGAGGAAAAAGACCUUAACGAUAACAUGUCCACCAUUGAUGAUGACGAUAAAACAUUUUACAUGGAACAGUUGAAUUUAAAUGUUGGUCAUACUCCUAAUAAUCAUAGAGUUCCUGAUACUGAUAAUGAUUUAUUACCAGGUACAUCAAAAUCACUAAUAGCCAAAUAUCAUUAUCAAUUAAAUUAUAAUGAUGAGGUUGAGAAUAUUGGUGGGAAAGAAUAUGAUUAUAGUGGAGAAAGUAGAAAAAGAAAAGGUAGUACUAGCAGUAAUGAUAGAAGACCAAGAAGAGGAGGAAGAACUAGUCAAGUGUUUCGAAACACAUUGAAUAAGUUUACUUUUAAACCAAAAAUAAAGUAA